AUGGAGGACGAUCUGGAUGAGAGAUCUGCAGAAUUUAGCGAUAAAUUUGAAAAAUAUCAAUUCGAUGUUAAAGGAGAUCAAUGGAACAAAGAAGUGAGAGGGAAGAAAGAUUUUUCGGCAUCGAGUGAAUAUCACGGCCGCGAACAGGUUCAGUCUGCUACUGUAAGCGUUUCUAACGGCGAUACAAUGGAAGGGUCCUCGAGGGAGUUUACGAAUGGCCACGUAAGUCGUACAUCAGAAAAGAUUGAAAAUGGAUCUGCAACCAGUCUGGAUCAGGAAGAAAGUGAUUUUGCUUCAUCGAAGACGCAACCCGAAGAAUUGCGACAGUUAUGCGAUGUAUUGAUGGAGGAACGAGAUAAGGCGACAGCUUCGCUCAGAGAGCGAAGUGAUGAGGUGUUGCGCUUACGAAAACGCGCAGUUGAAAGUGGACACGAGAAAUCGGAUUUAAAAAUCCGAUUAGCCGAAGUCCAAAGCCACGCAGAACAACUCGAGGAAGAUCUAACAUCCGUUAAAGAAGAGAAUGAAAUAUUGAAAGCAGAGAUAGAUAGGUUGAGAAAUAGGAUUGACGAACUAGAAGUGGAGAGUGCUAACCUUAAAGAUAAAUUUAAAGCGCGCGAAGAUCACGGUGAUGUUGCUGAUGGAAAGAUCACGACGAUCGAUUCGGUAAGCGCAGAUCUGGCGCUUCAGGCGCUGGACGAAUCAGUUUGUGUUGCAAGCGAAGAAGAAAAGGACGAGAAACAACAAGAACUUGAUAACUCUGUUAUUGCAAAUAAAGGAACAACUGGACUCGAAGUUCAACAAAUUGAGGAAGAAGUAAGUUCAUUCGCUGCAUCGGAAGAAACGCCACCGGCGACUGAAAGCGAAAUUGCGCGCGACGAGACAGCUUGUGUUGCAAGCGAAGAAGAAGAGGUCAAGAAACAGCAAGAACUUGAACACCCUGUUAACGCAAGUGAAGGAACAAUUGGGGCCAAAGUUGAAACAACCGUUAAAGAAGCAAGUUCGUUUGCUGAACCAGAAGAAACGUCAGCUGUGACUAAAAGCGAAAUUGCGCGCGACGAAUCGGUUUGUGUUGAAAGCGAAGAAGAAGAAGAGGUCAAGAAACAGCAAGAAGUUGAACACCCUGUCAUCGCAACUAAAGCAACAACUGGACCCGAAGCUCAGCAAACUGAUGAAGAAGUAAGUGCAUUCGUACCAUCAAAAGAAACGCCCAUAGCGACUGAAAGCGAAGUGGUUGUCAAGAGAAGAGAAACUUGGCGCACCACUCCAAAUUAUUAUCGUCACUCGUUCGCCGGUAGUCUUCCAAGGCCAUUUCACUCCGUAGAACUGCAUUCACAACAUUCGCUUGAUCAUUCCUCAAAGCACGAGCGAUCGGAGUCGGUUCAUUCCGACACAAGCGGCGAGAGCGAAUCGGACGUCCAGGCGCCUCUAAGUAUACCGAGCUUUAUGAGAAGGAGAGUGGAAAAACCAUUCGUGAAAUCAGCUGGACUUAGCUCUGUGCAGUUUAAUUACCAACCUCUCCCUGUGAGUAUAUCGAACAAGCGCGGAAGCUGGUUGGAAGAAACGAGAGCCCGCAGUGAUAGCCUGCCUACAGCUCACGAAUAUUCAUCUGAUAGCGAAAGUAGCGGGGUAGUAACUGAGAGUCCGUGCGAAUGGGUGGAACGAGAACAAGUCGCUAACACAUUGAACUCUGCGCUAGUAGAGAUCGAUGGAGUAAAUGGAAGCGACAACGCGAAUGAGUUUGGUCGUUCUAUCGACUUUGACGCACAACCGCCACAAUACGCUGAAAAUAUUCGAGAUUCCUCGAUGGAUUUGGCACCGAGCGGUCAUGGAAAUGGAUCAGAAGUCGUGAAGCAUAAUGGCGAAACAGAAUUCGAUAAAGAGGAAAAGGAGAAAAGAGAAAACGUCUCUGAUUUAGUGACUUUGUGGAACAGUAGAACAGAGCUGGAGGUUUUCGAGAUUUAA